UUCUGUAUCUGCACACAACAACAUCACAGAAUGUCAAAAACGAGCUUCCUCGAUUUUCAAUACAACAUCUCGAAAACAAAGUUCUUGAGAAAACCAUCUCGGCUGUUUUCCUCCAGGGACAGGCAAAACUCUAGCUUAAAACCUGCUUUCCAGCCAAAUCAGGAUGAGAUGAAGCAAGUAUUUGACAAAUUUGAUUCCAACAAAGAUGGGAAGAUUUCCCAACAGGAGUACAAGGCUAUUCUCAAAGCAUUGGGAAAGGGCAACACGAUUGGUGAAGUGUCAAAGAUUUUCCAAGAGGUUGAUCUGAAUGGAGAUGGGUUUAUUGAUUUCAAAGAGUUCAUGGAAUUGCACAAGAAGGAUGGUGGGAUUAAAACGACGGACAUAGAGAAUGCUUUUCUGACAUUUGAUUUGAAUGGUGAUGGGAAAAUAAGCGCAGAAGAAGUCAAGGAAGUGCUAGGGAAGCUGGGGGAGAGAUGCAGCUUGGAGGAUUGCCGAAGAAUGGUUAGAGCAGUGGACGCAGAUGGGGAUGGCAUGGUUAACUUGGAUGAAUUCAUGGACAUGAUGACUCGUAACCUGAAUCGUGUGUAGAUGGUUUAUCUUUGCAUGGGUUAGAGGGGCAUCUUUGGUUAGAUCCCAUGUAAGAUAUACCAAUGAAUGUAUAUCAUGUUUUUACUUGAUCUGUAUCGUCUUUUCCUUUCCCCCAUGAAAAAUAAGGAAGACAUCAGAAAAAUAAUGUUGGGAGUCUGGUGUGCUGUAUUCCGAUAGAAAUUAAUCCAUAUAAAUCAUGAUCUGUGCAUGCCGACUACAAAGAUGAGCUGCAAUUUAUUUCU